AUGGGUUCUGAAACAAAUAAGUCAACCUUCUUCACUGGUGCACAACGCAUUCCUCCCGAUCGUAUCUUUGAACUCACAGCCGAAUAUCUAAAAGAUGACUCCCCUGUGAAGGCCAAUCUUGGCCAGGGCGCCUACCGUGAUGGUGAUGGGAACCCGUGGAUUCUGCCAUCAGUUCGAGAAUCACGCAGAUUAUUGCAAGAGCAGGGGCUGAUUCACGAGUACCUCCCAAUUCUAGGCCAUGCGGGUUUCAGAGAAGCCGUAGCACGUACUGUUUUGGGCGAGGAGCUCUUCUCCACCAAGGGCUCGCAUGUGGCCACCUGCCAGAGUCUUUCGGGAACGGGCGCUUUGCAUUUAGCCGGCAAGCUCAUCGCCCGCACCAACUCGCCGAAACCAAAGGUGAUUAUUACAGACCCCCCUUAUGGUAACCACUUUCAGGUUAUCAAAGAUGUUGGGUUGGAAUACGAAACAUUCAAAUACUACGAUGCUGCAACCAAAUCAGUCGACAUGGCAUCAUACAGGAAUAUGCUACAGACCGUUCCACCAGGCUCAGUCAUUCUACUCCAUGCCUGCGCUCAUAACCCAACAGGAUGUGACCCUAGCAAGGAUGAGUGGCGUGAAAUUGGUCAGAUCAUGAAGAGCAGGAACCUAUUUCCUAUCUUCGACGCCGCAUACCUUGGUUUCAACUCUGGUUCAGUCGAUGAAGACGCCUUCUCAAUCCGCCAUUUCAUCGGUGAGCUCAACUUGGAGGCCGCAAUUUGUGUAUCUUACGCAAAGUCUAUGGGUCUAUACGGUGAGCGAGUUGGUGCCGUGCUGGUCCAUGCAGCCUCCAAGGAUCUCGCACUCGAUUGCCAGUCGAUGCUAGAGCAAAUCCAACGAUCACAAGUAUCCAACCCUCCAGCUUUCGGUGCCAAAACUGCACAUCUUAUUCUCACAGACGAAAAACUCAAAAAGCAGUGGUCUGAGGACCUCCUGACAAUGAGUGGUCGGAUUCGCACUAUGAGACAAAAGCUCUAUGAUGCAUUGCACGAAGAGGGCGCACCUGGGACAUGGGAACAUCUUAUCAACCAGACAGGCAUGUUCGGUUUCCUAGGUCUCUCAUCUCAAGUAGUCGUAGAGCUAAGGGAAAAAUAUCACAUCUACAUGGCCGACAACUCUCGAAUUUCAGUGGCGGGCCUGAACGAUAGCAACGUGAAGUACGUUGCCGCUUCCAUCGCAGUUUCUGUCCGAGAGGAGCAGGGACAAAAGUAG